CACUCUCAACUUCUCUAACUCACCAACAAUGAAGACGCUGGUCACUCUGAUGCUCGUCUACAUGCUUUUUUCAGAAGCUUUACAGGGUUCUGCAGCUCUGAGGUGCUACCAGUGUGACGGGCCAACAUGUUAUCAUAGACCUGUGGAGUGUUCUAGAUAUGAAGAUCGCUGCAUCUACGCUGAAAUGAUGCAUGCACCAUAUACAGUGAAAGCAUGUGCAACCAAGACUGACUGUGAUGUAGCAGGGAGAAUGGCAACGUGCUGCGACACUGAUCUGUGUAACAAAGAUUUACAGCCUCCUACACUUCUGAAGUGUUACGAGUGUUUGGUGCCGACAUGUGAUCCUAAACCUGUGGAGUGUCCAUUUUUUGCAGAUCGCUGCUUUUUUGCAACCUCGUACUAUAUGGGCAGGCAACAUACGCUACAAGGAUGUUCAACCAAGGCUAAGUGUUACGAAGAUAGAGAAGAGGCAACCUGCUGUGUCACUGAUCUGUGUAACAGUGAUGAAAGUGUUAAGCCGAGUCUCUCAAUCACAAACCAGAAGUCUGCUCACGAUUUACUGGCUCCUACAGCUCUGAAGUGUUAUGAGUGUGAGGGACUGAUAUGUGCUCUUCAACCCGUCACUUGUCCUUCACCUGAAGAUCAAUGCUUUACCAAAACCACAACAAAACAUAUGGUACUGACUCAUACUGCAAAAGGAUGUUCAACCAAGACUGAGUGCGAUAAAACAGGAACAGUGUGCUGUGGCACUGAUCUGUGUAACGGUGCUGAGGGGGUUAACCCUAUCCACCCUCAUGACGUGUUUUGUGUCACAAAUCACACCUUGUCUUCUGAGCUUUAG